AUGCUGUACACUUGGGUCGACGACUGGCGCCCUGACCUCGGAAGACACACUCGACAUGACAUUGCUUUCGAAGGGAUCCCGAGCAUAGCACUUCUACGUGGGGCUGAGAGCGGGUGUCUGAGAACCAUCCGCAAAGCGCUCCAGCACAGAACGACGGGCGUGGCCAUGGCGCUGGCGACGGCCGUGGUUGAGGAUCACGAAGAAGCGGUCGCCAUGCUGCUCGCGGCCUGUCCCCUGACGCAGCACGACGCUGCUGUAGUGCACUACACCGUCGUGGCCGCCAUCUACAAAAGCAAGGUGCCCAUUCUUAAAAUGCUACUCGAAUCUGGCGAGGUGGAUCUAGCGCAAGUCGAGGCGCGCGAGGGGUCUCUACUGGCAGAGGCCAUCGAGGUCGGCAUGGAAGAUAAUGUCAGGUUUCUUCUGAGCACCGGCAAGUGCAAGGUCAACUUGAAGAACAGGAAUGGCGACACGCCGCUGUCGUGUGCUGUCCUCUCUGGUUACGAUGGCAUCGCGCAGCUCCUCAUUGACGCGGAAGACGUCGACUUGGACCUCCGAAACAACGACGGCAGCACUGCUCUUCUAAAAGCUGUGAUUCGAGGCAAAAAAACCAUCGCAAAUAUGAUUUUGAAAAAGGUCAAGGUUAACCCCCUCGCCAGAGAUGCCAAGCUUCGGACGCCACUGAUUCAUGCUGCGGCAUGGGGCGACAAGGACCUCGUGCCGAUGCUGCUUGGCAGGCACGGUGCCGGCCUCAACGCGAAAGAUGUGGAUGGGAAUAGCGCAUUGUUAUGUGCCGUGAGAAACGGCCGCAAGGCUGUCGUCAAGCUGCUGCUGAGCUACAAAGGUAUCGAUGUCAAGACCCGGGAUAACAACGGCCGGGGGCUGCUGUGGCACGCCGCAGAACGUGGAUCUAGGUCGAUGGUCAGAAUGCUGCUGGAGACGGGGCAGUUUGAUGUAUCCGAGAAGGAUGAGAAUGGUCGGACGCAUUUUUCACGGGCGUGGGCGGAGGGAAAGACCAAGACUCACACGGUGAUGCUAGACUGGGAGAAGAAGAGAAAAGCAGAGCUGCGAUGA